GUUCCGCCCCCGCGGCCCGGCGGGGCGGGGAUCGCUGUCUGUCUCCGCAGCCCGGCUCCGACGGGCACAGCCGAGUGCCCGCUCCGCUCCGCUCCACUCGCCGCCGCCACCAUGUCCCUGUGCAGGGCAGCCUCGCAGGCGCUGGCGUUCCGCCUGAGCAGGGCUCCCGCCGCCGCCGGCCGCCUCAAGCAGCGCGCACCUCUUCGCCAGAUGUCAUCUGGGAGCGUUCCUGGCUCUUCUGGAGAGAAUAUGAUUAUCUAUCUCCUUGCUGGUGCUGCUGCUUUUGGUGGUUUAUUUUAUGCCUACAGACUAGUCAGUUCAUCCCGCAGCAGGUUUAUUGACCAUAUGAAUGUUCUUCACGAGAGAGCUGAGGGGCGGAAAGGCAACCCUUGGUCAAGGAAGGAAGGUGAUGAAGAGACGGAUGAAGUCACUGAAGCAGAGAAAGCCACGGAAGAGGCUGAUGCAGCUGAUGCUGCUGGACCCGCAGCACAGGAUGAGAGUGCUGGACCCGCAGCACAGGAUGAGAGCUCUGGGGAAUCCCCAGAAGCUGGAGGGGAGAAUGACUUACUGGCUCCAGAAGCAUCCCCUGCUGUGGAGGAAGCACAGCAGGAAGCUACUGCUAAUUCAGAAGCUGCUGCUAAUUUGGAAGUUGCUGCUAAUUCAGAAGCUGCUGCAGUGCAAGAAUCUGUGAGUGAAGUCUUGGAUGUUGCAGCUUCUCCUGCCCUUGAGGAAAACUUAGACAGUGGCCAAGAAGGAGUAGCCUCAGCAGCUCAAGAGCUUUCUGACACAGCCUCUGAGAGCCAGGACGCUGAUGCUGAGGAGUCGUGGCAAACUGCAGAAGUUUCUGAGGAGGAGAAGGCACCUGAAGAAUCUGCUAAAGACUCCUAAAGGUUCUUUUUUCUGUUCCCCAGUAAGCAGUGCUGAAGCCUUUGAAAAGUUUAACGGAAAUAUUUGUGGCAAUCAACCGGCUGAUUCCUGUGUGAAACCUCAUACUCUUCCUUGGAGACAUAAAAGAAACUGUGCAGUUUGUCAUGCCACACACCCCUCAUUAGGACCAGUAUUCAGUGCUGCAGCAGAUGAGAUUUAAGUUGCUUAGAGAGACGCUUCUGUGAUUAACAUCUCUGCUGUAGAAAGUAGCAUCCAGUCAAAGCACCACUCAGCAUGUCCUAAAUACGUGUGCUAAGAGAAGCAGUAGACUUAACUAAACCAUGCCAGGUGAACUCCUUCUAGGUCUUUUGUUGUCUCAAUUUCUUACUUUUGGUCCAAACUGCUGUGCAUAGUUAUUCCAUUGUAACAUUCCAUGCUAAAAUGUAAGUAAAAGGCUUUAAAGUCAAGUCAAAAUCUUCUAAAAAUUACCCGUUAGCAUUUUUAAACUGGAUCAUGGGGAAAACAGCAACCUGUUUGCUCCCACGUUUGGAUUUACGACUGUAAGCAUAGGACAUCUGGCUGUACAAGAUCUAAUUUUCCCCCUGCGUAAACAUUUCAGAUACUACCCUUUCUUGUACAAUAAUAUCCAGGACUAAACAUUUUUAAGGCUCCUUCUUUGGGAAGAAAACCUAUUUGCAAGUGCUAUCACUGAGUACUUUAUAGGACGACAAUCAAAAUAACACCGGUUGAUGUUAUUCAUCGUGGAUUGAAGUGGUGGCUCCUGCCUUGGGGAUGCUGGGCUCUGCUCCUACCAAAUCUCAAAAUCCCCAUGGAAGGCUAUGCAACAGGUGUUCAAACGGACAAGGAUUCUUAGGGACUAAGAAAGAGCAGAAUAGAUAAAUAAUCUUGUGUUCUUAGUACUAACUUGAUAAAGAGUACAUCUGUUAUGAAUAAUGGAUUUGUAUGACACUGUUCUCCUAACCCUCCAUCGUGCUACGUGCAUGAGUGUGCAUCUAAGACAAAAUGCUGAGACCCAUUACAGCUACCACAGAACGGCAACAAUUCUAAACCAGGGCCAAAUAAGGUAUAUUAUAUACUAUUUGUAUAGAAAGUGUGCUUUAUAAGGUGUAUCUGACUCUUCUCUCUUCAAGCAGAACACUGGAAAAUGUUUAAAAGGGAAAUGACGGCAUUAUGACAUUGGCACAAAGCAACACAUGCUGCUUCCCCCAUCGUAAAGCAAAUUAUAAUACUGUUCCAACAAAAAUAUAGCCUGUUGCCCCUGGACCUGCUUAGGAAUAACUGGAAUAAUGCAGAGGCAAAAACAGGCUCCUGAGCUUCAAGAAGACAUACGACGGCCUUCUGCUUCCAGGAUAAAGCCUCUGUGAUUAAAAGCAAUUUUUGUAGACAAAGCUGCUGGAAUAAAGGUCUUAGACUGAUAUUUCGUUGGAUAAGGGUCUCUCUUUAUUUAUCUGAUAGAUUAAACAUCCUGGGAAGGAUGCAUACUCUUAUAUGUUCUAUUUCUUAAUUGUUACUGACUCCCAGUGAAAAUUGAAAGAAAGAAGCUGUUUUUCUGCUGCAAGCAGUAGGGUUUCCGAAAUUGUAGGCUUUGCUGAAUGGCCAUUUAUCUCUGGAACUGCUCUGGUACAUGGCAAAAUAUGUUAGCCCUUUGGAACAGCUGCCUAAAGGGUUGAAUCACAAACUGUGGUGAGCUUUCCAAAGCUUUUAAUCCCUCCAAUUUGAAAUAAAAUUGAGUGCCAGGAUAACUUUAUGUCAGGGAUCCUCUUUUUAAUUUGUUUUGUUUGUGUUUUUUUUUAAUUUAAAAAAAAAAGAAAAGAAAAAGAAAAAAAGAAGACACUACUUUUGAAAGCCAAAGGAACUAGGAAUAUAUUAUGAACUCUAGCUGUGAUGAGAUGUAGCACAGCAUGGUCUGCUUCAGCUCUUCGAUUAUCCUAGAUUAAAAACAGAGAUAUUUUGCAA